AUGGCAGAUGCCCCCAACACACUCGCACAACCUAGCAUCGCUGCACUUCCACCCCUAACAAUAAGACAACUGGGAUCCGGCCAGGUCCUCAUCGAUCCCAGCUCAGUCGUAAAAGAGCUCAUCGAAAAUGCCCUGGAUGCCCGCGCAAAAAGCAUCUUCGUUGAUAUCACCGCCAACACCAUCGAUUCUGUCCAAGUCAAAGAUGACGGCCACGGCAUCCCGAGUGAAGACCGAUCUCUUGUAUGUCGGCGUUACUGCACGAGCAAAAUCAGAGAUUUGAACGAUCUGAGAGAACUAGGGGGGAAAUGGCUUGGUUUUCGCGGUGAGGCAUUGGCAAGUAUGGCAGAAAUUAGCGGCGCGUUCAGUGUGACGACGAGAGUGGAGGGUGAGCCUGUUGCUGUGAGGUUGAAGUAUAGUCGAGAUGGGGAGCUUGAAUCCGUUGCACACGAUUCACAUCCCGUUGGCACGACUGUCAAGGUAGCGGGGUUCUUUGAGCACAUACCUGUUCGGAAACAGACGGCGGUUAAGAACGCGGCGAAGUGUUUGGCGAAGAUUCGUCGAUUGAUGCAAGCGUAUGCUCUUGCUAGACCGAGUAUUCGAUUGAGACUUCGCAUUCUGAAAGCUAAGAAUAUUAAUGGCGACUUUAGCUAUGCGCCGAGGGCUCAUGCUGAUGUUGGAGAUGCUGUGUUGAAGAUCUUCGGCAAAGACUGCGCUGCUCAGUGCGACUUCACUACUGUGGAAGCCGAUGGUUUCGAGAUUCGCGCUUUCCUGCCCAAGCCAACAGCGAUAUGGUCGAAGAUUUCAGGCUAUGGCAGCUUUGUCGCGGUCGAUGCACGGCCGGUGUCGAACAAUCGUGGGACUAUCAAGCAGAUGGCUCAUGCUUACAAACAACGACUUGGGAAGAUAAACCCCUCUCUUCCGGUUAAAGACGACGUUAUGUUUGAAGACAGCGAUAUUGUUUUGAGAGUCUGGGUAGAGUUGCUGGACUCCUUCUAUACUGAGGCAGUGUUGAAUCUCGAUGAUCAUGAGCUGUCGUCGUCUUCCCAGCAAAGCUGCCAAGUUGAGGCACAUGAGUUAGUUGAUCAGUAUCGGAACGAGGCCACGUCUAAGUCACAAAACACGAGUGAUCAGAACAAGGCAUCAGUUCCUGCGCCACAGCCAAGGUGGAGACACAGUAUGUACGGUAUCGAUGAAGAGGAUCUGGAGUUUUUGCAGGACGACCGUACUCCGAUCAUUGACGAAGAAGAGGGACGUCACGCCGCAGAAGUAUCUAAUCCUUGGACUAUUGCUCGGAUGAAUACUGUGGUCAAACCCAGAGGAUCCGCUAGCAAUGGGCAACUUUUCAGUCCAGCAAAGAGUACUGUAAAUUGCGAUUCAAGUUCUAGUCCUUCGAGGAUACCUGCGACACCUGAUCGAGUGGUUUCUGCAGAGCCUUUGACGCCUCAGACAUCUUCGAAGGCGAAUACGGUGCGAUCAUCGCUUGACGAUGAACUUGAGCGUAGCAUACAACGCCUACCUCCGCCGUUAUCGGUAGCAAGAAGUAUUAGUGACUGGGGUUUGGGUCGCCGGGGAGGCCAAUCGAUCGAUGGUACAGGUACAUGUGUUUCGGAAGGAGAGGCACCCAGUUCUGUCCUGCGGUCUGAGAUCCAGGCACCAGAAUCCUGGACAUCACCAUCGAGUCAAUACCGGAAUAUAGCCCCCAGUAUAGCUUCUCCAGAGAAAUAUCGUCCUCUAGUUCAAAACCAACUCAUAGUGUCUGGGGAGCGGAUUGCGGGGUGGGUGGGUCGGAUAGAUGGAAAGCUUAGUUUGAUGCAUGAAAGAGCCGGUGGCGCGGAUGAGAUAAGGGUGGUUAUUCAAGAAGGGGUGAAGAAGGGACUGGAAGGGAUUGAGUGGGAGGAAGAAGAAAUGUUGAUGGAUCUGUAA